AUGGGUGACAAAGAGGAAGAGUCGGGAAUGCCAAGGGAUGCAAAGAUUGUGAAGUCUUUGUUGAAGUCAAUGGGUGUGGAGGAGUACGAGCCUCGCGUCAUUCACAAGUUUCUUGAGCUGUGGUAUCGAUACGUCGUCGAUGUCUUAACCGACGCACAAGUCUAUUCAGAGCACGCGGGAAAAUCCACAAUCGAUUGUGACGAUGUCAAGCUUGCGAUUCAAUCCAAGGUUAACUUCAGCUUCUCACAACCACCACCUCGUGAGGUGCUGCUGGAGUUAGCUCAAAACCGCAACAAGAUACCAUUGCCAAAGACUAUAGCAGGACCCGGCAUCCCACUGCCACCUGAUCAGGACACAUUAACCAGUCCUAACUACCAGUUUGGAAUUCGAAACAAAAGGCCUGCCGAACCUUUAGAAGAAACAGAGGAUGAAGAAACUACCAUUCCGAAUCCCACUCAAGAAGAGAAGGCAGACAUGCCGCAGAACCACCAGAGAGUGUCGUUUCCCCUGUCCAAACGCCAAAAGGAUUAA